AUGGAUAUGUUUAGAGGAAAAUGCAUGCAGCUAGACAACUUGGACUAUGCAGGGAGAGACUAUAAUAUAUGGACGAACCCAUCAGGUGAACUCAGAAGUGACUAUCGUAGAAUGGGGGAUCUUAACCUUCUAAAACCAUAUGCCGUUUUUGAACAACUAUUUGAGCAUAAGAUCAGAAUAGAAGACAGGGAUUGUCUCGAGUUUGCUGAUAUAAACGUCGCUGCUGGUGUCUUAACUUCCUGUCAUGGUUCAGCUCUAGUAAAAGUCGGGAAAACUCAUGUGAUUGCAGGCGUAAAGGUCAAAGUAAUUCCAGAAAGCGGAAACUCAGGCAGCGUAACCUGCAAUGUGGAGUUUGCUGGUCUCUGCCAUAGAGGUUCGCGUUUAAAUACUCCACAACCUAAGUGUGCACAGUGGCUAUCUUCUACAAUUCAAAGACUCCUGAAUAAUUUUGCGUUCCCAUCUAUUGAAAGCCAGCUAAACAUAUUCUCAAUAAAUGACCCAAAUACACUUACACCAGUAGCUUCCUACACUUUGAAGCUCGAUGUCUUCAUCCUUCAUGACGAUGGGUGCUUACUAGAUGCUUGUGUCCCCGCUGCACUUGUUAGUCUUUGUACAACAAAAUGGACAAAGUUAUAUGCGGUUACGGAUGAACAAGCUGCGGGAUCCUACUUAGAAUUAUAUAAACCAGGACCAUUAAAUGAGACAAUAUCCUUAAAAGUGAAUGAAUGGCCUGUUUCGCUGUCUUUCUGCUUCGUUCCUCGCCCGGUUGCUGAUAGAAAGUCAAAGACAGUCCCUAUUAUUGCCCAACCAACGAAACGAGAGUUAGAUAUUUGGGAUACGGAUGCUGGCCCAGUACACAUAACUGUUUCUCAGGGUGCUAUCGUCGAUCUUUCUGUGAUCAAUGCAUUUUUAACGGGUUUGUGGGACAAUUUAUUUGUGGCGAGUACAAAUGAAAGUGAUGUAGUCAACGCGUGGAAUGUUUUGUUUGAUUCUGCUGUUUCUCACGCUCAGAAAUUUGUGUGGUUCACGACAAUUGAUCAUGUGAAUAUUUAUCUCGUGCAAAUACAUCUAUAA